UCAUACUAUCUAGCAUUAGCUUGUAGUCGGAGAUGGCCAUAAGUUUGUUUCUCCAAUCAUGGAACGGAAGAAAGUGAACAUGAAGAACAAUUCCGAGAAGACAAAGUGGAUGAUGGUUGAAUUGAAAGAAAAAUCCUCAAAAACAUGACGGAGCGUGUAGCUAGCUAACUUGGUGAAACAGUUGGAGCUAGUUCGCUAACUAGCACUCACAAAAUGUUCUUCAAUGACAAUUUCAGCAUAAUUUAAUGUGAAAAAAUUAAGUGUACAAAAUUGAAACGCAAAAAAAACAAAAAACUAGUGUCCAAAAUACUUUCGUCAUCAAGAUACAAAGUACAAAUGGUCGGUUAAUUAUUGUUGUUAUGAUACUCCCUACCACCAGAUGGCGAAGUGCGCAUGUCACAGGGAACUCCGUGAACAUCCGGUCAUACUCGCUAGCAUAAUUAAGGACGCCGGACAUUUAUCCAUGAAAAUAUGGAGAAGCUGGAAGGAGAUACUGAGAAGUCCACUGUCCAAGGUGGUGAAAAAGAAGAGGCCAGGGGCAAGUACGGCGUGCCCGUGCUGGAGGGGGCGCACGGACACCUGGUCCUGGAGGCCAACCGCACGCUCCAGCUCAACUGCAGGGGUCGCUGGGAGCUCUCUUGGUCUUUCCCCACAGACGUGCCCCUGGACCAGGUGCACGUGCAGGACUCCCGCUGCGGCAAGUCCCAGCACCUCCACUGCAGCCGCCUGACGCUCGGCGGCGCCCAGGCCGGCCACACGGGGAACUUCCGCUGCCGCUACCGCCGGCGGGUCCAGAGGCAGGCGUCCGUUUACGUGUAUGUGGCAGACAGCCGGCAGCCAUUUGUGGAGCAUCCGGAGAUGAGUCCUUACGUGUUGUACAUGAAGGAGAAGCAGCCGCUGGUGGUCCCCUGCAGGGUCACCCACCCCAACGUCACCAGCAGCCUGAUCAAGUUCCCCCACCACAGCCUGAGUCCGGACCAGAGGAACAUCCUGUGGAGCAGCAAGCAGGGCUUCACCAUCCGCAGUCCCACCUUCUUCUACAUCGGCCUCUUCUUCUGCCAGAGCGUCGUGGACGGCGUCACGCACAAGUCGCGUAUUUACUUCGUCCACAGACCGGUGAGUGAAAUCAUGGAUGUGUAUCUGAACAGCACCGGCCCCGUGCAGGCCUUGAAGGGGGAGAGGCUGGUUCUGAACUGCACCGCCACCGGAGAACUCAACACCAGGGUCAACAUCACCUGGGACUACCCGGGAAAGAGCAGCGCCAGAGGCUCCACCUCCAAACGCCUCCUGAAGCACAGAACCCACAUGUUGUUCUACAGCAUCCUCACCAUCACAAAGCUGCAGCGCUCCGACCGCGGCCUGUACACCUGCCGCGUCAGCAGCGGCGACAAGACCAAGCAGCAGAAAGUCACGGUGACCGUCUAUGAUCGUCCAUUCAUCCGCUUGAAGCCCAGACGGGGUCCCGUGAUGGAGGCUCAGGCGGGGCAGAAAUCGUACCGAAUUUCGCCCAAACUGCGAGCCUUCCCGGUCCCCGAGGUCAUCUGGUUGAAGGACGGCAUGGUGGCAGCAGAGCAGUGCUCCAGGUACCACAGAGACGGAAACUCUCUGGUCAUCAGGGACGUGGCAGAGGAGGACGCUGGGAAAUAUACCAUCCUCGUACGCAUCCAGGAGCACGGACUCUACCAGAACCUCACGCUAAUACUCGUGGUUAACGUGAGUCCUCAGAUAGGCGAGAAAGCGGUCUCGUUGCAAGACCCCGGUUCUGUGGCCCGGGGGAGCAGACAGUCUCUACACUGUACGUCCCACGGCGUGCCCCCUCCUCACAUCACGUGGCUCUGGCACCCCUGCCCACCUAAAGGCCUGUGUGCGGGCCCGUCGUCGUCCUCCCUGUGGAGUCCUGUGACGGAGCAGAGUGUUCCCGCCACAUCCACACACAACCACAUCCUGAGUGUGGCGCUCAGACAGGAAGUGCUUGAGGGGAAGAACAAGACGGUCGGGGUUCUGACGGUGGGCCGGGCUCUGGUGUCGGGGGUGUAUCGUUGUGUCGCCUCCAACUCUGCAGGUGUGGACCACCUGGACGUCUACUUCUACAUCUCAGACGUCCCAGGAGGCUUCGGCGUGAGCCUCGGCGAGGAAGCCACAGAGGGCGGAGACGUGCGCCUUACCUGCCGCGCCAACAAGCACCUGUACGCCCCCCCGUCAUGGCGCAGGCUCAGCCACGCCCACGACCCCAGCAGGGGCGUUGCCCUGCACGCUCAACUCACCACGGGGAAGUUCUCCCACUCGCUGCUGCUGUUGCUAAGCAACCUGAGCACCAGGGACUCCGGGGAGUACAGAUGCUCGGCCCACCACCUGGUCACGGGACUCGAGACUCACCUGGUCAGGCAGGUGAAAGUCUCAGCCUUGGCGCCUCCAGUGUUGCUCCUGAAUUUAACGGAUUGCACCGUCAACGUCAGCAGCUCGGUGACCCUGCACUGCCCCACCGAGGGCGUCCCACACCCGACCGUCACAUGGUACAAGAACCAAGGUGCUCUGCUGGCAGGAUCAGGGAUUGUCGUGUCGCCAGAGGAAGGCUCCCUCCAUAUUGGCCGCAUCACCGUGGAGGACCAGGGUCUGUACACCUGCCAGGCGACCAAUGAGAAGGGAGCUGCAGAGAGCUCCGCCUACAUUUGGGUCAAUAAUGUAUCUGAGGCGUCCUCCAUGGAGAUUCCCACUCUGGCCUGCACCUGUGUGGUGGCCACCUUGCUCUGGCUUCUCCUGACGCUGCUGAUCCGAAAACUCCGACAGCCCAAGCGCUCCCACAGCAAAGCAGGGUACCUGUCCAUCAUGGUGGACUCAGAAGGCGCUCCACUGGAGGAGCGGGGGCACAGGCUCCACUAUGACCCCAAGCAGUGGGAGUUCCCCAGAGAACGCCUCAAAUUAGGAAAGAAUCUGGGCCGUGGAGCCUUCGGCAAAGUGGUGCAGGCAUCUGCCUUUGGGAUCGACGGCGCCUCCAGCUGCAGGACGGUGGCGGUGAAGAUGCUCAAAGAGGGCGCCACAGUCAGCGAGCAUGAAGCCUUGAUGACUGAGCUGAAAAUUCUUAACCACAUUGGACAACAUCUCAAUGUUGUCAACCUGCUGGGAGCCUGCACCAAACCUGGAGGCCCGCUCAUGAUCAUCGUGGAGUUCUGUCGCUAUGGAAACCUCUCCAGCUUUCUGAAGAGCAAACGGGAGGUGUACGUGCACAACAGGGGCAUGCAAAGAAAUGGAGAAAAGACUGCAAGGAUAAGAUUAGACUUUAAAGACGAUGACAUUUGGCCCUCCAACGCUCCUCCUUUGUUUCUGGAGGACCUCAUCUCCUUCAGCUUCCAGGUGGCAAGAGGAAUGCAGUUCCUGGCCUCUCGCAAGUGUAUACACAGAGACCUGGCGGCACGCAAUGUCCUCCUGUCAGACAAUCACGUGGUGAAGAUCUGUGACUUUGGACUGGCCAGAGACAUCUACAAAGACCCGGACUACGUCCGCAAAGGAGAUGCCCGCCUGCCUCUGAAGUGGAUGUCUCCAGAGUCCAUCUUUGACAAGGUGUUCACCACACAAAGUGACGUGUGGUCCUUUGGCGUUCUCCUCUGGGAGAUCUUCUCUCUGGGAGCGUCACCGUACCCCGGUCUCCACAUCGACGAGGACUUCUGCCACAGACUGAAGGCAGGAACCAGGAUGAGAGCGCCGCAGUACAGCACAGCUGACAUUUACAGCACAAUGCUGGCGUGCUGGGAUACCGAGGUCAGCGAGCGACCCUCCUUCUGCCAGCUGGUGCAGACCUUGGGCGACAUGCUCCAGUCCAUGGUGCAGCAGUUACAUGCGGGCUGUGGCCACGCUGCACACCUUCCAGGUGCCCUGCCAGGACGACACUCACCAAUCUGAGGAGGAGCAGAGCGACAGCGGCAUGGUCCUUCCAUCAGAGGAGCUCAAACGUCUGUCGUGGGACGACAACAACAACAAACUCAGCAGACCAUGUCUCCACGGCAACCAGACGGCCAUCUUUCCACACGACUGGAGUUCCGAUGAUGGGAGCUCCCCGCCCCCCGACUACAACGCCGCUUUCCUCUACCCUUCACUCUAACGUCUUCCUCGCCAUUGUCAUCAAUAAGCUUA